UUGAUGAUGUCACAGGGGCGGCCCCAGAGGGGUCUGUGAGGAGCCUCUAAGUUUAGAGUUUAAACUCAGUCACAGCAUCUGAGAGGACCUGACGAGACCGACGGACAAACACACACAAACACACAAACACAGGAUCAUGGCGUCAGCUAGUGAGAGCGCUGCUGGGACGGAUCAGCAGGUUCCAGUUCAAGAUGAAUCAGCUUCAGUCAGAGAUGUUCAGUCACAUUACCUGCGCUGUUCAUCCCCGAGUUUCUCUAUGGCAUCAGACCGCUUCUCCAUGAUCUCUGGAUCAGACGCUGAAAGUAUCUUCAUGGAGCCCAUCCAUCUGUCUUCGGCCAUCGCCGCUAAAAAGAUCAUCAAUGAAGAGCUGAAGAGCAGAGACGUGAGGACGACACCGACACCAGACAGCAUGAUGGAAAAGGCCGAGCAGCUGAUGGUGGAGGACCUGUACAACCGAGUUAAAGACAUGAUCGAUGACCGCAGUCCUUACAACACACCGUGUGUACUGGACAUCCAGAGAGCUCUGCUUCACGACCGUCUGGAAGCUCCGCUAAACCCUGUGGAUGAAGUCUGGCCCAACAUCUACAUCGCAGAGAAGUCUGUGGCCAUAAACAAAGGCCGUCUGAAGCGACUCGGCAUCACUCAUAUUGUGAAUGCAGCUCAUGGGACCGGAGUCUACACGGGACAGAACUUCUAUCAGAACAUGAACAUCACUUACAUGGGAAUCGAGGUGGACGAUUUCCCCGACGCAGACAUCUCGCCGUACUUCCGCACGUGUGCCGAGUUUCUGGAUGACGCUUUGCUUACCCACAGAGGUAAAGUGCUCGUGGACUCGAUGAUGGGAGUGAGCCGCUCUGCCGUUCUCGUUGCUGCGUAUCUUAUGAUCUUCCAGAACAUGAGCAUCAUGGAGGCGCUGCUGGAGAUGAGGAAGAAACGCGCCAUCAACCCCAACGAAGGCUUUAUAAAGCAACUGCGUCAGCUCAACGAGACAUUGAUGGAGGAACGUGACGAAGAGGAAGACGACACCCUCAGCCAGUGUUCUGUCAUCGACGCCCGUGCUCUCCCGGACGAGGACCAAAGCAUGUUCGGCGUUAAAGCCGACUCCAUCGUGGUAGAAGAGGAGGAAGACGGCAGGAGCGUCAUGAGCAGCGUCAUGAGCAGCGUCGCAUCGUCCGCAGCCGCCGCAGCGAUGAAAACGGGAAUUCUCUGCGGUCCGAGUAAACCUGAGCUGAAAGUGACCUCAGAGGAGCCCGAGCUGCCUGGAGAAGACAGAGAAGAUGAAGAUGUGGAUAGCAUGAUCAGGGAGUGGCAGAAGCGCAACGAGAAGUACCAGAAUGAGGACUGGUGGGAGGCACAGCUCGGGUGCGACGAUGGCGAGUCCUCAACUGGUGAAGGGAGGCGGGCGGUGCCACGACCGGAGGACCUGGAGAGCGUGACCAGCGAAGAUGUGCGAAUGAUGAAAGAACAGAUCAGGCGUCGUCCACGUCGAGCCGCUUCAGAUGCGGGAUCCACGGCGAGCUGCAGCAGCUACUCUGAUCUGUGGAAGCAACGACUGAAGGAGAUCGAGGAGCAGGCGGCUGCGCGAUAUCGACGUAAAGACUCGGACGAUGAUGUUAAGGGUGAAGCGAGACAGAAAAAAAUCGACGACGACGUAGAGAGCAUAAUGUCCGACUCCAGCUCCAUGUACAACUUCUGUAAAAAGAACAAGGAUUUAACGCCGCUCGAGAGGUGGAAAAUUAAACGAAUUCAGUUCGGGUGGAACAAAAAAGAGGGGGCGUCAGAAAAUGGGGAGGGCACGUCAGAAGCACCGGCGCUUUCGCUGGAGGACGUCAACUUAACAGCUUAUCAGACCUGGAAAUUGAAACAGCAGAAGAAACACGGCGGCGAGGAGAACAAGGAUGAAAUUGUGCAGAUGAGUCGAGGCGAGGACGCAGCCACGAUCAAGAGAAGACAGAGAAGGGAAGAGCUUCUGGAACGCACCAGGAAAACACUGGAGGAGAGCCAAUCGCUGUGCGGCUGGGAAACCGAGAGCGCUCUGAGCACGAGCAUCCCGCUGUCCGCCUUCUGCGCAGGUGCUUUUCCGUCUGCGAGUGUCGCGGGAGAUGAUAACGUUUCCGUGUUGAGCGGAAGAUCGUCCGUCCUCUCGGGUCUUAGCACGCGAUCGCAGCCUCCUGUGCCCCAAGAGCCUCCUGCACCGCCUGCGACAGUGAUCGGUCCUAACGGAGAGCCGAUGGUCAACAUUGCAAAUAUACAAAACUGGAUCGCCAAUGUUGUCAACGAGACGCUCAUGCAGAAGCAAACCGAGAUGAUGAUGAUGGGGACAAGUCUCGCCCCUUCCAGAGCCGGUUCGGUGUUCAGCCUGGGUGCCGGAUCGUCGGCCGGUCCAGGUCGUGGAGUAGAUGAUGAUAAAGCCUCGGUGAUAAGCGGUGCGACGUCUUCCAGCGUUCUGUCACGCAACAGAGCCGAGUCCGUUCUGGAUGCGAGAGCUCGCUCUGUGGUGUCUGCUGCCAAUAGAGCCGAGUCUGUGAUUUCAUCUGGAGGAACGUCUAACAUCUCCUCUGUCUCUGGCUUAGGCUCUCGGAGAAGCAAGAUUACCACGACCAGCGUGCCAUUGUACAGCCUUUUCCAAGACCAGGUCAAUCUUCACAAACUAGACACUAUGGAGAAAGAAAUUAAGUCUGACAUAAGAGACAAGAUGUCGUCGUAUGAGGUGAAGAAAAUAGCAGAGGACAACAAGCGCAGCACAUUAUACAAGAAGAAAAAGCAAAAGGAGGAGGAUGAAGAACACGAGGGUGAUCACGAAAAGUCAAAUGGGUUCAACGACAUCGAAACACGUCCAUGCGAGAAACCGAAACCCAAAAGAGAUUAUGGUCGUUCGGGAAUACUCAACCUCCCAGCUUCAGCGAGUAACCCCACCGGUAAUAUUGAUGAAUGGCUCAAAAACGUGAGGCCUCCUGGCAAACCAAAAACUUACGAGGGUGAAGCAGAGCCCCGCAUGUCUCGUCCAUUAUACGAAGAAGUUGAGGAAUCCUCGGAGUUUGAUUUCCCAAGCCGCAGGAGCUCGAUCACAAUAGAUGAAGAUGAGGAGGAGAAAUACAGCACAAGAUUCACAUCCAGACAUCGAGCGGAUGGUCACAUGGAUUUGUGUGGGGAUCCAGAGUUUAACUAUCCAUCUCGGAGGUCUCCUCCUUCCACUGAGUAUUCAUAUAAUGGAUUAGGUGAGACGACUAGUUAUAGAAACAGAAGCUCUCAUGCAGAUGAGGAGGAGAGGGUUAGUUACCUGGAUUACUCGACGAAACAAAAACCAACUCAUUCCUCGCUACUGGAGAACACUGUGAGGACAUCAAAUACAAGACAAGAAGAGGAUGAGGACAUAUCGGCCUUCAUCGCUCAGAUUAAACAGAGAGCUCGGGCACGUGUGGCAGAAGAAAUGGAAGAUGAUGAAGUUGUUGUUGCGUGGAGAAAACAGGAGGAGUCACAUAAAUCCUAACCACGCUUUGUGUGUUAAUGUGACUUUUGAGCAGCGAUCACUUCUGUUACUUCCUUUGUGUGAGCAGAGGAUGAAAAAUCAAACACUUUAGUUAAAUUCAGUUGCACUAAGUACUAAACAUUAAGACUAAAGACCAAUUCACACUGGUCAGACAACUACAAACUCCAACAGACACCCACAUUAUAAAGUCUCCAACAACGGCCAACAGGGGUUUCACACUGACCCAACACGUGUCUGUUCGAUCAGUGUGAUAUGGUCUUAAAAUGCAUGUUUGAGAUGCCUUCAUUUAAAAACAUCUUGUACUGACAUAUCUUAAAGGGGACAUAUCAUGAAAAUCUGACUCUUUUCCAUGUUUAAGUGCUUUAAAUUGGGUCCCCAGUGUUUCUAUUAAACUAGAAAAUGUGAUAAGGAUCAACCCAAUAACUUAGUUUUGGUAACCCAUUUGCUGCAAGCAUGUGAAAAAAUAUCUAAUUGAAAUGUGUCUCCCCUUGUGAUGUCAGACCGCCCCUUAAUCUGCACUAUCCAACCACGGCACUAAAGAAAUGUCCCCUUUAACAUAUAUCAGUGCCUUUGUUUUGUCUCAAGAUGCAUACCAGUAUUGUUUUUUUGUAAGGUAUUAAAAUUCCCUAAUGUAACUGAGGCCUAGUCCUGGAUUAAUCUAAACCCUGUCUGGGAAACCAUUAUUGAAAUAAUGCACACUUAAGCGCACAAUGUUACUCACUGUAUCCUGUUAGAUCUCGAUUAUCAAACACAUUUAUGUAUUUGGCAAACACUUUUAUCCAAAGUGACUUAUGGUAUACAUUUUAAAGGGGACAGAGAAUGAAAAACCACUUUUUACCUUGUCUUUGUUGAAUAAUGGUAGUCUACCCACAUUCACAAACAUACAAAAAGUGCUAAACAUGCUAAACAUCUCAGUCUCAUAGAAAUUCCUCUUUUAGAAAUGUCAGCCAGAAAUCAGCCCAAAAACUGAUGCUUAUGACAUCACAGGCAUCUAACUCCCCCUUCACUUUAAAAUAAUUGGCUACAUUUUUUGAGUGGCAGCAAAGUCAGCCAAUCAGUAAUGAGAUUGCAAGUUAAGCCAGUAGGGGGAAAACCACUUGUUUAAAAUCCCCCACCCUAAUAGAGCUAUCUGAUAGAGGUUUUUAGGAAGCUUCUAAGGCAUUACAGACCCAAACAAAAAUUUUUUUGUCUACAUGUCACAUCACAGAACAAGGAUAAAUAGCUGAGCUAUUGGAUUAAAUCUUGCUGAUGAGUGACCGUUCUGCCUGUGAAUAGAGAUUUCUAUCAAGUCACUUGUGUGUGAUGCUGUGUAAGUAAAACGUCCUGAAUAUAAAGCUUUUAUUCUUGCAAUGGUUUUCAGUGACACAUCAGCAACAAAACAAAACAAAAAAAACUUACUGGACAUAAAGCUGGUUUUAUUUGGACAUCCUGUCCGUAGUGUAUAUAAACAAGUGUGCUACAA